AUGGUCGACAUGAAGCUGCUCGCCUUCCAGGCCAUCGGCCUCGCCUGCUGCUACUUCUUCUUCAAGCUCAUCAUGGCCGUGCCCCUCUUCCGCAAGCAGAUGCGCCGGGUCUUGCGCCUGUCGGCCUCGAAGAAGGGUCCCUUCUACAAGCUCGCCGUCUACAUCGCGGGCUUCUUCGUGCGGCUGGUCUUGCGAGACAACGCGUACGUGAAGCCGACGACGCAGCCCAAGCUCAAGUGCUCGAAGCGGUCGUCGAACGGCAUCCUCGUGUCCUACACCUACAAGGAGUCGUCGAAAUGGGGCCGCGACACCGUGGAGAUCGAGGCCAAGGAGGACUACGACGAGACGGACGUCUGGAAGCCUUUGGAGAUCGACGCGGGCGCGCAGACGGCCGCGCUGCGCAACAUCACGCCGGGCGUCACGGUGCUCUUCCGGAGCCGCAUGAGCAACGUCAAGGGCGCCAGCGACUGGAGCCCCGACUUCCCCGUGCUGUCGCUCCAGAUGCCCGUCGACGGCGGCGGCGCGGGGCCGGGCUACUGGUGGCGCCAGACGACCAAGUCCGUCCAGGUCGUCAUCAAGGUGCCCCGGGAGACGCGGGGCAAACACGUCGACGUGAAGAUCGGCUCCACGAAGCUGUCCGCGAGCCUCAAGGAUCGCGACCCGCCGCACGUCUUCUUCGCGGCCGUCGACCUCCACAAGGCCGUCCGACCAGCCGAGUCCAUCUGGGAGCUCGUCGACGAGGACCCCCUCUUCGAGAAGGGCCAGAUGGCCCUCAUCAUCACGCUGGAGAAGCUCGACCGCACCUUCAUGUCCACGGACCACUGGGACCGCCUCAUCGACAAGCACCCGCCCAUCGACACGUCCCUGAUCCCCAUGACGCUGCCGCAGGAGUUCGACUGA